UUUCCCAAAACCCAUUUCCCAUUUCACCGGUACAUUCACUCUGCUCAAGCUCAAGCACAAGCUGUUGAUUCCGAGGAUUCCGAGCAGGAGGAAGACGAAGCCGUUCGCGAUUUCCUGUCCCGGUUCGUGUGGAUCAUGCGACAGAAGCUCUCCGAAUUGUACCCGGGAUCCGAUAAGGCAACCGUCGACGGCAUGCUGUUGAUUAUUGUGGAAAGAGUUGUGGCGGAGAUGGAGAAAGGCGGCAUUGGGCAGAUGCUCGGUUCGUCGCAAUACACGGAUGAUUUUAGUGAGGAUUUGUGGAGGACGGUGUGGGAGGUGAGCAAUAUGGUGUUGGAGGACAUGAGGAUGGAGCGAAAAAAGGAGAAAAUGAAGGGUUUUUUACAGGAAGAGGAGGUGAAGGAGAUGUGCAGAUUUGCCGGUGAAGUCGGAAUUCGAGGGGAUAUGCUUAGGGAGCUGAGGUUCAAGUGGGCACAAGAGAAGAUGGAGGAAACUAAGUUUUAUCUUUGCUUGGAGCGGCUUCGAGAGGGGGACAAGAAGGCGGAGGAAGCAGGGGAGGAAGUAGAAGGAAUGCAAGGUGAAGCCACAAGGGAAGAGGUGAAGUCUAAGGUUGUUUCACUUCCGAAGAGGCGGGGGAAGAUCAAGUACAAUAUAUAUGGUCUUGAUCUGUCUGACCCCAAGUGGGUAGAAGUGGCUGAUAGAAUCCAUGAGGCUGAAGAAAUUACUUGGCCUCAGGAACCGAAAUCCAUAUCCGGGAAAUGCAAAUUGGUCGAACCCAGUGCACAAGGCUCCCGCUUUACGCAGGGUCUGGGAGAGGUGAAUGUCGGCUAGCUUUAACCCCAUUUAUGGAGAGGCUGCUCCCAAGUCUCGAACCCGAGACCUACCGCUCAUGGGAAAUGCAAAUUGGUAACUGCGAAAAUUAUUCAAACGAAUGUGGCGGAUGACCAGUCUCCGUUUUUGGCUGAAUGGAUAGAGCUGCUUCAACCUAGUAGGAUUGAUUGGCUCAAUUUGAUGGAUAGAUUGAAAGAGCAGAACACUGGCUUAUACUUCAAGGUCGCAGAACUUGUACCUGAUGAGAAAUCCUUCUAGACAAACAUUCGUGACUAUUCAAUUCUUAUUGAUGCCCAUGCAAAAGAGAACCGUCUAGAAGAUGCUGAGAGAAUUUUGAAGAAGAUGAAUGAAAAUGGUAUCGUGCCUGAUAUUUUAACUACCAUUAGUUUGGUUCACAUGUACAGCAAGGUAGGCAAUCUCGAUGGUGCAAAACAAGCAUUUGAAAGCUUAAGGAGCUAGGGCUUCAAACCAGAUGUCAAUGUCUAAAUUUGGAGAGUUAUUGAUGAGAGAGAUGGAAGCAAAAGACAUCAAACCCACAAAAGAAAUCUUCAUGGCAUUGCUUCGGUCAUUUGCACAAAGGGUUAUAUUGGUGGAGUGCGACGAAUUGCCAAUAUUAUGCAGUUUGCAGGGUUCUAGCCGACAUUGAAGUCUUAUACACUGCUUGUAGAGGCAUAUGGGAAAGCUGGCAACCUUGAUCAGGCAAGGAGCAACUUCGAUUACAUGAUGAAAGUUGGGCACAUGCCUGAUGACAGAUGCACUGCAAGCAUGCUUGCAGCUUAUGAAAAAAAGAAUUUACUGGAUAAAGCGUUGAAUCUGUUAACACAGCUUGAAAAGGAUGGAUUUAAGCCUGGAGUUGCCACUUACUCUGUUCUUAUAGAUUGGUUGGGUAAAUUGCAGCUAGUUGGUGAGGUUGAACAACUAUUGGGAAAGAUUGCCGAGCAAGGUGAGGCUCAUCCACUAAAAGUUCAUAUUGGCCUUUUUGAUAUGUACGCUAAGGCUGGAGUCGAGAAAAAGGCACUCCAAGCAUUGGGAGUAUUGGAGGCUAAGAAGGAUCAAUUAGGUUCAGAGGAGUUUGAGAGGAUCAUAAACGGGCUUAUAGCUGGUGGGUUUGUGCAGGAUGCUCAUAGGGUACGCAGUCUGAUGGAGGCUCAGGGUUUUGCUCUGUCAGAGCCACUUAAGAUGGCCCUAAUGGCAUCUCAAGCUUUUGGGCGCAAAAGGCCCUCAAUGAGAAGAUAGUUUGAGGGCCAUUUUCAGGUGCUUCACAAUCUUUUGGCUGCAAGACCACUGUUAAGAUGUUUUGUAGUUUAGGAAUUCAUAGCUUUUUGGCCGCACAUAGUCAGAUAAAAGGUUCUAUUCAUUGCAUUAUCAUUAUGAUAUUUACCUUGUUUCCAAUGCUCACAUGGACAGAAUGCAAGUCAGGUGUUGGAGCCAGAAUUGGUAAUAAAUUGUUUGAACGCACUAAAUGACUAGGCUGAUUUAGUUUUGCAAUCUUUCGUUUUAGC